AUGCACGCGCGUGAAGAUUGGAAGAUACAAAGUGCACUAGAUUCAUGUACAAGCAUUUUUCUAAAGCGACCUAGAUCAAAUGUCUUGAAAACGGAGAUUCGUGCUAGCCUCGUCCAAUUUGACUUUCGUCCCUUCGUUAGGUCAAACUAUCGCGCCAAAACGCCACAUCGAAUAGCACAUAUUCAUAUGGUGCAGACAGGGAUGGCUGCGCCCUAUGGUGGGGGUGUCUUCCCUCCUCCGGUAAACGGGGUCGCGGGUGUCGUGGGGGCAGCCGGUGCAGCCGGUGACGUUAAGCCACCACCACCAGUGACGGUGAAGGAGGAGAACGCCGGUGCACCCCAGCAACCACCCCCGACCGGCGGGCCCCAGGUGCCGCCUGCGGCAGGCGCACCUCAUCCCGCCGCCCCUGGUGCGCCGACCGCUGCCAGUUUCAGUCCGCCUCCGCCUCCGAACGGGGUCGAUCAACAGGCCAUCUCGGAGGUAUUCCAGGCUGCAGUAGUAGCAGCGGCAGCUGCAGCCGCGGGUGGCGGUGGCCAGCAACCAGCACCAACACCAGGCGGUGGCAAUGAGACCAAUCCCGAAGGUGGAGUGGAAGCUACUGCGUUGGUACCUGUCACGUCAGGCGCGACGACACCCGCGACAGCGACACAAGGCACCGACCUCAAAGGUCAACCAAAACGCUUGCACGUCAGCAACAUACCUUUUCGUUUCCGAGACCCUGACCUCAGGGCAAUGUUUGGGCAAUUUGGGCCAAUCCUUGAUGUGGAAAUUAUAUUUAACGAAAGGGGAAGCAAGGGAUUCGGUUUUGUAACAUUCGCAAAUAGUGCUGACGCGGACCGGGCACGUGAGAGGCUACACGGCACCGUGGUUGAGGGCAGAAAGAUUGAGGUGAACAACGCAACGGCGAGGGUACAGACGAAAAAACCGCCGACGGUGCCGAACGUGUGCGUACAGUGGCCCGAGGCAGCGGCACUUAGAGGAGUUGCCAUACAACGUGGUCGAGUAGGGGCAGCGAGGGCGACUUUCCCAACCAGCGCGGCCGCUUUGGCACUGGCCAGGAAUCCGGGGCAACUUGCAGCUGCAGCUGCGGCUACGGCCCUACAUCCCUUCGCACCCGCCGUUUACUACGACCCUUUCCUCGCGGCUCACGCAGCGACGCAGGAUCCCAACUACAGGUUGCAGGCCGCGGCAGCGGCAGCCGCAGCCUCACCAUUGUUGAAGACACCACUAUCAACGGCACAGCAGGCUACGUACGCAGCUGCAGCAACCUACACGGCGGUGGCUGCGCGCGCAUACGGCGCAGCUGCAGCUGCGGCACAACCGGUCGCAGGAUAUGCCGCAGUCGCGGGCUACGGGCGUGAAUACGCCGAUCCCUACCUCGGACAUGGCAUCGGACCUGUGGCGGGUUACGGGGCAACUGUAUACAGAGGCGGCUACAAUAGGUUCACGCCAUACUAAAUGGAUCAUUAAUAGAACCCAAGAGCCUUCCAAGUUAUACUCAGCAGAACAUGACCAGACACGAGUCGACACAAUCAUC